AUGAUGACAGCUGGAACUGCUCCUAAAACUUUAUACGAUAAGGUCUUUGAAGACCAUAUUGUCCACAAAGAUGCUUCUGGCUCAGUCUUAUUGUAUAUCGACAGACACUUGGUCCAUGAAGUCACUUCCCCUCAAGCAUUUGAAGGUUUAGAAACCUCUGGCAGAAAAGUCAGAAGAACUGACUGUACUUUGGCCACUGUUGAUCACAAUAUCCCAACCAUUUCCAGAAAGAACUUCAAGAAUGUUGAAACAUUUAUCAAACAAAAAGAUUCCAAAUUGCAAGUCCAAACCUUGGAAAAAAACGUCAAGCAAUUCCAUGUUCCUUAUUUCGGUAUGACCGACUCUAGACAAGGUAUUGUCCAUGUUGUUGGUCCUGAACAAGGUUUCACUUUACCUGGUACCACCGUGGUUUGUGGUGACUCUCAUACCAGUACUCAUGGUGCCUUUGGUGCAUUGGCCUUUGGUAUUGGUACUUCUGAAGUUGAACAUGUCUUGGCCACUCAAACUUUGAACCAAGCUAAAUCCAAAAACAUGAGAGUCUUGGUUAAAGGUAAAUUACUUCCUGGUAUCACCUCUAAAGAUUUGGUGUUGCACAUUAUUGGGAAAAUUGGUACUGCCGGUGGUACUGGUUGUGUCAUUGAAUUUGCAGGUGAAGCCAUUGAAAACUUAUCCAUGGAAGCUAGAAUGUCCAUGUGUAAUAUGUCUAUUGAAGCCGGUGCCAGAGCUGGUAUGAUCAGCCCUGAUGAAAUCACUUUUAACUACAUUAAAAGCCGUCCAUUGGCUCCAAAAGGUGAAGAAUGGGAGAAGGCUGUCAACUACUGGAAAACUUUGAAGACCGAUACAGGUGCUCACUUUGAUUACGAAGUGGUUAUUGAGUCUAAGGAUGUUAUCCCAACCAUUACCUGGGGUACCUCUCCACAAGAUGCUUUGCCAAUCACCGCUUCCGUCCCAGAUCCAGCCAACGAGACCGAUGACAUCAAAAAAUCUGGUAUGGUUAGAGCUUUGAAAUAUAUGGGUUUGACUCCAAACACCCCAUUGCAAGAUAUCUCUAUCGACAAAGUUUUCAUUGGUUCUUGUACCAAUUCCAGAAUGGAAGAUUUGAGAGAAGCCGCCAAGGUGGUCAAAGGCCAAAAGAUUGCCAGUAAUGUUAAGUUGGCUAUGGUUGUUCCAGGUUCUGGUUUAAUCAAGAAAAAAGCUGAAAAGGAAGGUUUGGACAAGAUUUUCACUGAGGCUGGUUUCGAAUGGCGUGAAGCUGGUUGCUCAAUGUGUUUAGGUAUGAACCCGGAUAUUUUGGAUCCAGAAGAAAGAUGUGCUUCUACUUCCAACAGAAAUUUCGAAGGUAGACAAGGUGCCAGAUCUAGAACUCACUUAAUGAGUCCUGCCAUGGCCGCUGCUGCUGCCAUCGAAGGUAAAUUCACUGACAUUAGAAACUUCCACUACAAAUUUAAUGACGAGGCCAAGAUUUCAAUUGAAGUUGACGAUGAACCUGAAGCUGCUCAGCCAUCCUCGAACAAGAGAGUUAGUGUGAAGCAAUCAGUUUCGGAUGAUGAAAGUGAAGCCACUACCCAAAAAAAGACUACUCCUACAGAAAAACCAGCUGGUCUUGGUCGUUUUGAAGUUGUUACUGGUCUUGCUGCCCCAUUGAAGAAGGCUAACGUUGAUACUGAUGCUAUCAUUCCAAAGCAAUUUUUGAAAACAAUCAAGCGUACUGGUUUGAGAGACGGUUUGUUUUAUGAAUUAAGAUUUACUAAAGAUGAACAAGGUCAAGAUGUCACCACUGACUUUAUGUUGAACGUUGCUCCAUGGAACAAGGCUUCUAUUUUGGUUGUCAAUGGUCCUAACUUUGGUUGUGGUUCUUCCAGAGAGCAUGCUCCUUGGGCUUUGAAGGAUUUCGGUAUCAAGUCCAUCAUUGCCCCAUCCUUUGGUGAUAUUUUCUACAACAACUCUUUCAAGAAUGGUUUGUUACCAAUCAGAGUUGACCAAAACAUUAUCACUGAAAAGCUUAUUCCGAUUGCUGAUAAGGGUGAAGAUUUGGUCAUUGAUUUGCCUAAUCAAGUCAUCAAGAACACUAAUGGUGAAGUUCUUGUUGGUUUUGAAAUUGAAGCUUUCAGAAAGAACAAUUUGGUCAAUGGCUUAGAUGAAAUCGGAUUGACUUUGCAAAAAGAAGAAUAUAUCAAGGCUUAUGAAAAGGAAAGAAAGAACAAAUUCUCGUUCUUGGAAGGCGGUUCUACUUUGUUGAGCUUCUAA